UUGUUAUGUAGGAAGGUUUUUUUGAAAGGCAAUAAUUUUUAUCAACUUCCAACUUAAGGAUCUUAAUAUGUUCAACUGCUCCAAGGACAAUCAGUAAAAUCCAAAUGUGUGUACAAUAGACCCUAAGUAAGAUAAUGGAUUUACUGGAAGCAAGAGAAAAACUUGAAAAUACCCUAAAUGAAACCACCAAGAAAGAAUAUUUUGCCCUUUUAAAAGAAUGGGUUUUGUUUAAAUCUAAACUAACAAAAGAACAGUUUGAUGAGCGGGCCCGUAAAUUCUUAGUCACCAAUGAACAGAUUCAUUGUCAUAAUAACUUUGUUCUGGCAGUCUUAUCAGAGUCAUCGUCAGCUAGUAAGCCUAAGAUAGUGAAAACCUCCAAAUUCGAACAAGCUGACUGGAUCAACUAUGUGGCACCUUCAAGUCCCUCAACAAUACUUCCUUCAAAUUAUGAGUACCGAAAAGCUGCCUCGGAGUUAUUCGUCCCAGACAGUGGAUUUGUUGCUUGCAGAAUUGCAAUCACUGCUUGGGAAAAUGAUAUGGAUGGAGCUAGCACUGGAGUUACGGAACUUAUGGUCCAUGGUUGUCAAAUGUUUCUCAAGUCUAUAGUUACCGCAAUGAUUACAAAAUUGAAAAGCUAUAAAAUUAGAGAUGGAAAAUUUCAGUACGGUUUUAAUCUACCUAUUCCUGACCCAUUUAUAAGGAAUUUUAACCAUGCAACAAGUGAGAUGGAAGAAUCUGGAGUUGAAAUUGAUGAAGAUGUUUUUGUCCCCAAAUGUAAACUGUCAUUGGAAAGGGCCGAACAGGAAAUUGCUCACACUUCUGCGGCCGCAACUCAAAAAGCAUGUUCAAACACCUUAAGUGUAAGGUUGCUAUAUGAAACUCUUAAAAGCAAUCCUCAUUUAUUAGGAGUUCACAGUAUACAAAGCGUUAACUUGUUGAGACUUAGCUUGCAUUUGAGCGAAGAUGAUGACAUAGGAAUGGAGUUUUAGUGAUAUGCU